AUGAAUUAAGGUUGCAACUCUUAUCUUUAAAUUGAUAACUACUAAAUAGAUAGAAAUAAAAUUUUAGGGACAGGAGGAUUUGCUUCUGUUUAUUUGGGGUACUAUGCAAAAGGUAAAUCAAACUCUAGUGAAGAAAUGAACUAGCUUUUUGCGAUUAAAGAGAUAUCAAUAAAUAAUGAAUUUGAAAUUACAAACUCUCUAAUUAGAGAAAUAAAUAUGCUUAGACAUCUAAAAAAUAGACAUAUAAUAUAGUUUAUUGAUGCUAAAAAGACAGAAAAUCAUUUUUAUUUAAUAAUGGAAUACUGUUCCGAAGGAACGCUAGAAGAUUUAGUUAGACAUAAAUAAUUAAAUGAAGAUUAAAUUUUAACAUAUUUUAAUUAGAUUGUUUAUGCUCUUAAAUAUUUAUACUCUAAAAAAAUAUUCCAUAGAGAUAUUAAGCCUAAGAAUAUACUUCUUCAUAAUGGUGAAAUUAAGUUAGUUGAUUUUGGUUUAAGUAAAAUCAUAGCUGAUUAAAAUAUAAAUAUUACUUAAGGUUUUAAUACUUGUGUUGGUACUCCUUAGUUUAUGGCACCUGAAAUGCUUAAAGGUAUUGGCUGGCAAGAAAAAAGCGAUAUUUGGUCUUUAGGUUCUACCUUGUAUUAUAUGAUUUUUAAGGAGCUACCUUGGGAUUAAUAUUCCACUAGCAGCAUGGCAAUUUUAGAAUAAAUUGAAAGAAUAUUUGGAAUACCACAAGCAUCUGCUGCAGGAGUUUCUCCUCCUACUUAACCUGUUUCAUCAUCGCCUUAGAUAAACAAAUAAGGAGAAUAAUAAUAAAUAUUAGAAAAAUAAAUUUCUCAAGAACCUUCUUUAUAAGAAAAUAAUUCAAAUGAAAGAAAUGAUCCUUAAAAUUAGAAUGAUAAAAAGGUAAGCCAAAAUGAGAAUCAAAUUACUUAGUAAGACAUGCAAAGAUCCAUGUUAGAGGCAUCAAUUAAAAACUAGAAAAAUACAAUUAAAAAUCCUCAUGGAAGUUUGGAUUUGCUUAAAGAUUAAAAAUCCAAUAAAAAAAAGGUUUAUGAUUAAAUAGAUGAAAAAUUAAAAUAUUUACUACCAAAAGAUAAAAACAAUUCUGAAUCUAUUCAAGUUUCAGAAAAAACACUCAGAUUAUUAGACUCUAUGCUUUAAGUAGAUAUAGAAAAGAGAAUAGGCUGGGAAGAACUCUUUUCUAUUCCAUCUAUCCAUGAGUUUCUUAAUCAUUAUCAUAAAAAAGACGAAAAAGCACUUUAAAAAAAGAAAUCAAUAGAAGAACUUACUCCAGAAUCAUUGAUUGUUACUCAAGAUGAAUCAGGUGAAAAUUAAGAGGAAUUAAAAAAAUAUGGAGAAUAAUGGAACCAUUAAAUUGACGAGUUAAAUAAGCAAAAAGAAUUAUCAUAAAAAGCAAAACGAAGAAUAGAAUUUGAGUUGUAAAAGGCUAAAUUCCUAGAUCAAGUUUCUAUCUUACUCAAAGAAUAAAGUUAGAAAUAUCCUUCACUUAUCCCGAAAGACAUAUAUUUAAAAUGUUAGUUUUUACUUAUAAAACGUGCUUGCAUCAUAUUGAGUGAUCUGCACAGAAUGAUAGCUUUUGAAGUAAAUAGUUAUGGAAGUGUUUAUAUAGAAGAAGAAUUAUGGAAGUCGUUUCUUUGCAACAAGGAUACCUCUUUAUAAGAGAAAAUUAUGAAAGAAAACACUAAUAGUGAUAAGAAAUUCUCAUAUUAUCAUAAUGAACUAGAUAGAGCUUAUAAACAACUAGAAAAUUUUGAAUAUUUUCAAAGAGAAGAUGCCUAUAUGCAGGUAUUUGAAGAAAAUCCAUGCUUGAUAUAAGAAUUUAAUGAUAAUUUUUUAAAACUCUUUUAAAUGCUUGCUGAAAAGGCAAUAAAUCUUAGAACAGAAGAAAAAAUUAUUGGGAAAAAAAAUGACGAGAUUUUAGAAUAAUACAAAAUAAAUAUAAUACUUAUUUAUUAUCUUAUGAUUAUUCUCUCCUUUAAAAAUGUAUUUAAUGACUCCGAAAUAAAUAUAACUGAGUUCUAUCAGAAUUGUAACUAAGUAGGUUGGAGUGAGCUCUUAAGCAGGAUUGAGCAAGCUUACAACAUGUGGUCACCUAUGAAAUAUAGUUGA